AUGCAACUUUCAACUAUUGUCUUCAUUGUUCUAUCAAUUGCUAAUUUAUCAUUAGCAAGUAAAUGUCCAACAAUUGUUACACAAAAAGAUUUUGAUGUUACUAAAUAUGUUGGUUUAUGGUAUGAAGCAUAUCGAAGUGAUAUUAUUUUUGAAGCUGGAUCAAGAUGUGUCAAUGCAACAUAUACACCUAAUUCAGAUGGAUCAGUAGCUGUUUGGAAUCAAGCAGUAAAUAUUCUUGGUGAUUAUACAAGUAUUCGUGGUACAGCUAGAGUCAAAAAUGCAUCAGAACCUGCUGCAUUUGUUGUUACUUUUGACAGUCCAUUACAAAAAGGUGAUUACAAUGUACUUACUUCAAAUUAUGCUGAUUAUUCACUUGUCUAUGCUUGUACCAAUGUUCCGGUACUUGAUAUAAAAUUAGAAUUUAUCUGGCUUCUUUCACGAACAAAAACAAUGUCACCAACAGUAGUAAAUGAAUUAAAGAAAAUACUUUCAAACAUGGGCGCUGAUGUUGACAAAGUAACACAAACAGUACAAAAUUGUCAAUAA